AUGAAACAGUUUCUCUUAUACUUGGACGAAACCAACGCUUUAGGAUCCAAGUUCAUUAUCCAGGACCUGGAUGACACACAUGUGUUUAUUUUAGCUGAAUUUGUCAGUGUCCUUCAAGAGAAGGUUGGAGAAUUGAUGGACCAGAACUCCUUUCCCAUCACACAGAAGUAA